AUGUCGAUGCUCUCGCGAGCUCAGGCAAAAUGGCAGAAACCUCUGCUUGGAGCGAUCAAGAUCAACGUAGAUGGAGCUUUCAAUGUGCAGAUUAGCACUGGUGGUGGUGGACUUAUCGCCCUCCUAUUCGCAAGGGGACUUGAUCCUGGGCCUAAACUAAUUGAAAGGGAUGCACAAGACGUGUUUCAGAACAUCAUAGCUGAGCGAGAGGACAGAUCCCAACUCAGCUUCUUGAUUUCAGAUUGCAGAUCUCUGCUUUUCUAG